CGACACCCCCAUGGCCAGGUCUCCAGCGCCAGUGCCAGGAUGAGCGCGGAAGUGGGCGGCAAGCCCCUGAAAGUGGGCUCCCGAGUGGAAGUGAUAGGCAAGGGGCACCGUGGGACGGUGGCGUACGUGGGGGCCACCCUCUUUGCCACAGGGAAAUGGGUCGGCGUCAUCCUGGACGAAGCCAAAGGCAAAAAUGACGGGACGGUGCAGGGCAGGCGGUACUUCACGUGCGAGGAGAACCACGGCAUCUUCGUGCGACAGUCACAGAUCCAGGUGUUUGAGGAUGGCGCAGACACCACCUCCCCAGAAACCCCGGAGGCUUCGGCAUCGAGGGUCCCCAAGAGAGAUUCUUCCGAAGGGCCCAAGACCAGCAAACUGCGCGGAGUGAAACCUAAAAAGGCUGCCACCACACGGAAGACCACAACGAGGAGGCCCAAGCCCACCCGAACCGGCAGUUCGGCCACAUCCAGCAGCACCGCGGGCCUCUCUGGCUCGGCCUCGGCCUCGGCCGGGGAAAUGAGCAGCAGUGAACCAAGCACUCCUGCACAGACCCCCUUGGCUGCCCCCAUGGUGCCCGUCCCGGCUCUGGCAUCCCCAGUGGCUCCUCCAGCAAUCCUCUCUCCAACGAAGGAGGAGGAGUCCCUGCGAGGGCAGGUGCGAGACCUGGAGGAGAAGCUGGAGACCCUCAAGAUGAAGCGGAACGAAGACAAGGCCAAGCUGAAGGAGCUGGAGAAGUACAAGAUCCAGCUGGAGCAGGUCCAGGAGUGGAAGACCAAGAUGCAGGAGCAGCAGGCGGAGCUCCAGAAGCGCCUCAAGGAGGCCAAGAAGGAAGCCAAAGAGGCCCUGGAGGCCAAAGAGCGCUACAUGGAGGAGAUGGCGGACACGGCCGAUGCCAUCGAGAUGGCCACCCUGGACAAGGAGAUGGCCGAGGAGCGGGCGGAGUCCCUGCAGCAGGAGGUGGAUUCCUUGAAGGAGAAGGCGGAGGACCUCACCAUGGACCUGGAGAUCCUGAAGCACGAGAUCGAAGAGAAGGGUUCCGACGGAGCCGCCUCCAGUUACCACGUCAAGCAGCUGGAGGAGCAGAACGGCCGCCUGAAGGAGGCCCUUGUGAGGAUGCGGGACCUGUCUGCCUCGGAGAAGCAGGAGCACGUGAAGCUCCAGAAGCACAUGGAGAAGAAGAAUGCGGAGCUGGAGGCCCUGCGGCAGCAGAAGGACAAGCUGCAGGAGGAGCUGAAGCAGGCCGAGGGCACCAUCGAUGAGCUGAAGGAGCAGGUGGAUGCUGCUCUGGGGGCCGAGGAGAUGGUGGAGACGCUGACCGAGAGGAACCUCGAUCUGGAGGAGAAGGUCCGCGAGCUCCGCGAGACGGUGGGCGACCUGGAAGCCAUCAACGAGAUGAAUGACGAGCUGCAGGAGAACGCCCGGGAGACGGAGCUGGAGCUGCGGGAGCAGCUGGACAUGGCCACGGCUCGAGUCCGGGAGUCUGAGAAGCGGGUGGAGGCGGCGCAGGAGACGGUGGCCGACUACCAGCAGACCAUCAAGAAAUACCGAGAGCUGACGGCCCACCUGCAGGACGUUAACCGGGACCUGAUGAGCCAGCAAGAGGCCUCUGUGGAGAGGCAGCAGCAGCCGCCGCCCGAAAUGUUUGAUUUCAAGAUUAAAUUUGCAGAGACAAAAGCUCACGCCAAGUUCACCCAGAGUGCCUUGGACUGCAUGAGCGUGGAGGUCUGCCGGCUGCGCUCCUUCCUCCAGACGGGACAGGAGGCCUCCGACUUCGCCAUCCUCCUGAAGGACCUGGAGACCUCAUGCAGCGACAUCCGCCAGUUCUGCAAGAAGAUCCGGCGGCGCAUGCCGGGCACCGACGCUCCUGGCAUCCCUGCAGCCCUGGGCUUUGGGCAACAGGUCUCGGAUACCCUGCUGGACUGCCGCAAACACCUGACCUGGGUGGUGGCUGUGCUGCAGGAGGUGGCGGCCGCAGGGGCCCAGAUGAUCGCCCCCCUGACUGAGAACGAGGGCUUGCAGGCCGUGAAGCUGGAGGACCUGGCCUUCAAGACCAGCGAGCAGAUCUAUGGGGCGCAGGGCAUCAGCCCUUACGAGUGCUUGCGCCAGUCCUGCAACAACCUCGUCGCCACCAUGAACAAGAUGGCCACCGCCAUGCAGGAGGGCGAAUACGAUGCAGACAAGCCCCAGACCAAGCCUGUUCCUCCGGUGGAGCUGCGGGCAGCCGCGCUGCGGGCCGAGAUCACGGACGCUGAGGGCCUGGGGCUCAAGCUGGAGGACCGAGAGACGGUCAUCAAAGAGCUGAAGAAGUCUCUUAAAAUCAAGGGCGAGGAGCUGAGCGAAGCCAACGUGCGCCUGAGCCUCCUGGAGAAGAAGCUGGACAGCGCCUCCAAGGAUGCCGACGAGCGGGUGGAGAAGAUCCAGAGCAAGCUGAGCGACACCCAGGCGCUGCUGAAGAAGAAGGAGAAGGAGUUUGAGGAGACGAUGGACGCCCUGCAAGCAGACAUCGACCAGCUGGAGUCGGAGAAGCUGGAACUGAAGCAGCGGCUCAGCAACCAGUCCAAGCGCACCAUCGAGGGCCUGCGUGGGGGGCCGCCCCCCUCGGGCAUUGCCUCCGUCAUCUCCAGCAUCGCAGGAGAGGAACAGCAGAGAGGUGUGGGUGCCAGCCAGGUGAUGGUCGGGGGCUCCGGCCCUGUGCAGGUGAAGGACUCCCCUCUCCUGCUCCAGCAGAUCGAGGCCAUGCAGCUGUCCAUCAAGCACCUCAAAAACGAGAAUAACCGACUGAAGGGUGCCCAGAUGAGGAGGGAGUUGGCGUCGCUGCCCCCCCUGCACGUCCCCAAGCUCUCGCUGCCCAAGGACAGGCAAGGGGAGGAGGUGGUCUCCAGCUCCUUGUACCGCAAGACCAGCCGGCUGCUAGAGACCCUCUACCAGAUGAGUGCCAAUGCCCAGGUGGUGGACAUCACGCGGCGGAAGGCAGUGGGCAGUCCAGCAGCUCAGCUCCUGGAGCAGACGACCCGCCUGGCAUCUCUGAGCGACGCCAUCGAAAAGCUGAAGGAUGAAGUCAGGAAGGAGACGAUCCUGCAGUGCCCCGGGGCCACCAUCCCUACGGACUUCGGCACCUUCCCCUCCGUGCCCUUCCUGAAGGCCAAAGAGGAGGAGAAGGACAGCGCCGUCUACGUGGGCCGCGUGACCUUCCCCUGCCAGCCGGGCCACGGGCAGCGGCACAAGUUGGUGCUGACUCCGGAGCAGCUGCACAAACUCCACUCCCGGCUGAUCUCUUAGGAGGGCCGGCUCCCUCGGCCGCCUCUGUGGUGCAGGCCUUCCAGUCUGCUGGGGGCCCUGUCCUGCCUCUCCACCCCUCCCACUCCCCAGAUGGGGAGGGCUCAGUCUUUGGGGUGACCCAGAGGGUGGUUUCCAUGGAGAGGAGAGGCUGCUCCUGCCUUCCCCCCACAGCCUUCCUCUUCCUCUGCAGUUUUGGUCAAGGAUCCCAAAGAGGCUUCCUGGUGGGAAGAGCCCAGGGAUCUACAAGCACUACAAAACAGAUCCUUCCUUGCAUGUUGGCUUCCUUCGAGGACUGGAGAUCAAUCAAUAAAGCUCUCUGGAACCCAC